AUGAAGGUGCUCUGCUCCCUGGCGUUGCUACUGCUCUUCUUCGCCGGACUUCUGGCUGAAUGCCCUCCAGCAGCUAACCUGGUGAACGAUGCGGGGGAAAAGCUCUGUGCCCGUAUGUUUGAACACAGCAAUAUAUACUUUGACCAGUCUUGCGGGGGAGCAUUCCUAGAUUCCAAGAAUGGAGAUGACUUCCCCUACAUGCCAUUAGGUUGGGGAAAUAAGAUUUCAUCCCUGGUUGUGGCAAGCCGCUGUACCCUGAAAGUGUGGAGCAAAACUGCCAAGGGGGGCAACAACCGGUCCUUCUCUGCUGGGGUGGUCUAUCAGCUAAAGGACUAUACCAAUGGGCUCUUUGGAGACUGGAACAAUGCCAUCCAGUCUUAUUAUUGCACCUGCACAUAA